UCUCCCGCCCACCCCUCUUUCACCUCAGCCUCCAUUUCCCGCCCAUUGUUCUCCCUUCUUCCCGCCCAACGGGUGGCUCCUGUGGGCGGAGCUCCUUGGCCAGGCCUCGGCUGACACUGCAGGGGGCGGAGGAGCCGGGCGCCCGGUUGGGGAUAGCGGAGGGCGCUCGUCCGUCGCUCCCCGGCCCGGUCCCCUCCGCUCGGGGCCGGGAAGCCAAUGCGGGCCCGGACUCCGGCCCUGGCUGCCUCAGGAGCCGCGCGGAGCCCCCCGUGCCGACCCCCAGCUUGAGAAGAGGCGGGCGAAGCAGACUCCCAUGCGGCGGCUGCAAGAGAGAUUCAGGAGAUUCAUGAACCAUCCAGCUCCAGCAAACAGCCGUUAUAAACCCACUUGCUAUGAGCAUGCUGCUAACUGUUAUACUCAUGCGUUCCUCAUUGUUCCAGCAAUUGUGGGUAGCACGCUGCUCCAUCGUCUCUCUGAUGACCGAUGGGAAAAGAUAACUGCAUGGAUCUACGGAGUUGGCCUUUGUGCACUCUUCAUAGUAUCCACAGUGUUCCAUAUAAUUUCCUGGAAAAAGAGUCAUCUGAGGACCAUGGAGCACUGUUUUCAUAUGUGUGAUAGAAUGAUGAUCUAUAUCUUUAUUGCAGCAUCCUAUGCACCAUGGUUAAAUCUUCGUGAGCUUGGGCCUCUGGCAUCCCAUAUGCGUUGGUUUAUCUGGCUUAUGGCUGCCGGAGGAACUCUUUAUGUAUUUCUCUACCAUGAAAAGUAUAAAAUUGUGGAACUCUUUUUCUAUUUAGCAAUGGGCUUUUCCCCUGCUCUGGUAGUUACAUCCAUGAACAAUACUGAUGGACUCCAAGAAGUCGCGUGGGGAGGCUUAAUUUAUUGUAUGGGAGUCGUCUUCUUCAAGAGUGACGGGAUCAUCCCAUUUGCCCAUGCCAUCUGGCAUCUGUUUGUUGCCACAGCUGCUGCAAUUCAUUAUUACGCUAUCUGGAAGUAUCUUUACCGAAGCCCUGCGGAUAUCAUCCGUCACUUAUGAUACACAAUAGAGCUGCAACCUGCACUAAGCUUCCAACUCAGUAUUAUUUCUGUAAAAAAAGGUUCUAGAGAAAUGGGGGAAUACAUUGCACAGAGGGGAUAAAUGCACUGAUAGUUUUAUGAACACACUUUACUGUGAACUAAAACAAGUUCUGGAAUUGCUAUUCACAGAUCCAGUGCUAGAUGCAUGACAACAUUUUUUCCUGUGGAAGUCCCUACUGAAACAAACAGGAGUCUGGUACACAGCUUCGGUUCAUUUCAGUGGGGCAUCCCUUUUAUAUUGCACCCGCUGUCAGUGAUCAGUGGUUGCAAUACAACUCACAAGUAUUAAACACUUCAGCCCUUUCAAGUUGAUGGACUUUUGAGCAUGCCCAAUUUUGAAUUUGUGGCUAAAGACCCAUACACUGCAUUACUAUUAGUCCGUUGCACAUUACAGGGAAAACAGUGUAAAAAAAAUGGCUAACUGCCUGAUGUUUACAAAAUUUUUAAAAAUGUAUUUAAUGGAUUUAGGGUUUUUUUGCAACUUUAAACUUUGACAGUUUUGAAUUGUGGAAGUUGAUGCAGUAGCAGAUACUUAAUUCUUUUUUUUUCAAGUUGCUUUCUACCACUUUUUUCAUAAACUGUUUAUGAUCGUAAACAGUAUUCAUACAUGGUGAUUCAAAUCAUGGAUAGAAAAAUGUAGCGUUUUCCCACCACUUGUAAGUAAUGUGACUUUUAUUAAAAACAACUCAACUGUU